GUUGAACUUCUCCGCCAUGCUAACGGCACAGAUGGGCAUGGCCACGCGGGCACAGUACAGCAGACAGGUCCCCAGCAGUAGCACCACCGUCCAUACCCGCGCCAGGGGUCUGCAUAGCGGGGACAGAGGACAUAAGUGUGACCAGCAGAAAACAGGAAUGUGUGUGAGAGGCAAGUGCCGGGGUUUGCGUACAGCCAGGAAACUGCGUAACCAUCGCAGGGAGCAGAGAUGGCAUGACAAGCAGUAUAAGAAGGCUCACCUGGGCACUGCCCUGAAGGCCAACCCAUUCGGAGGGGCAUCUCAUGCCAAAGGCAUUGUACUUGAGAAAGUGGGUGUUGAAGCUAAGCAGCCCAACUCUGCCAUCAGGAAGUGUGUCAGGGUGCAACUCAUCAAAAAUGGCAAGAAGAUCACAGCUUUCGUCCCCAAUGAUGGCUGUUUGAACUUCAUUGAGGAAAACGAUGAGGUGUUGGUGGCAGGAUUUGGUCGGAAGGGGCACGCCGUUGGUGAUAUUCCUGGUGUCCGCUUCAAGGUGGUCAAAGUAGCUAAUGUCUCACUACUAGCCCUUUACAAAGGCAAGAAAGAAAGACCUCGAUCAUAGAAUGUAUAUACUCAAACAAUAAAAAGUGGAAAAUAA